AUGGUUCACGUUCUUUUGCUCGCAAGCCUUGGUUUGGGUAGUUCUGUUCUGGCAGCCCCUAAUUAUGCUGUUCCAGAUGUCCAGCCAAAAAAUGCCGUCGCGAUUGACCCGGCACCCGUGGGAGCCUCUGUCAAUGACCCUCUGGAGGCUCCCAUGAGUCUGACCUAUGGGCCCAAGUUCUUUGACUUGAUUAAGAAGUUCGGAAGCGAGACUAUUCUUGGCUUCAACAGAGGCCUCAACAAUAGGACAAAUACUUUUGCAGCCGUUUUGAAAGCUAAGGAAAAGGUGGCCAAGUACCUUUGGGCAAUCGAACUCGGAAACGAGCCAGACUUGUAUUGGAAAUACUGGCAAUACCCAGUAGCCGAAGCGCCCUGGAACGAGACUCAGGAGGGCAAUAACGCAGCUGACUGGGCCCAAGAUUUUGUUAAUCACUGGAAGAGCCCUCUUCCCAUCUUGGCUGGUGGCGGAUAUGCCAUCCCGUUCGAGAUUGAACCCGACUGGCCUAAUCUUCCCUAUCUAAUUGAAAGCAGCUAUAACAAGACAGUCAAGGAUGCUACCAAGGUGUACAAUGGCCACUUGUACGCAUUUUCAAAUGCUACCGCCGAUGACCUGGGCCCGGAAAUGAAGCAUCAGAGGGUUGUUCAGGACCUGAACCUGCUGCCAAUCUCUAGCGCUAAGGCCGCCGGAAGGCCAUAUAUCCUAGGCGAGACGGGAUUCCAUGGGCUUGACUACGAGAUGGAUUCGACUUUUGGAUCGGCCAUUCAGACAACUGACAAGACCCUUCGCGCAUUGACUCUCGGAAUCCAGCGACUGUUCUACCACCAAGGCACCAUUAAUCAAGCUUUCUUCAACUGGUGGUGGAGUGAUCAUGUCAACGCUCCAUUCUAUGGUGCCUACUUCGGUGCUCUCGCUGUAGCUGGGGGAGACUACAUCGUUGCUAGCGACGAUGGCACUGACCCCUAUGCUCAAUACAUCGUGUACAAGAACGGCAAAGCAUUCAAGGUCGUCUUGAUCAAUACGGACUACUACUCUGGAGGUGGUACGCGCUCUGAAACCAAGUUCACUCUUACUGGGCUGAAGAGCAAUUCGGUCAAGGCCCUUCGUAUGACCGGACCAAGCAGCGAAACAACUGUACCUGUUACGCAAACCAAGUCAUCUCCUCAACCUAGCAUCGGAGGUCAAUCCUUCUCAAACAAGAACUGCGAGUUGAGCGGAAAGCAAAACACUGAAAGGCUUUCAGUCAAGAAGAGUAAGUUGGAAGUGACUCUGAAGGCUUCUGAAGCACUGAUUGUUUAUCUCUGA